GUCGCGUCGUCAAUUGUCUUUAAUUUAUAUUGCAAGAGCCUGUGGCGACUUCUUACGCUAAUUGUGUUUAAUUAUAUUCUAUUUGCAUGAUACCCCAAUAGAACACCAGCGCGACUUAGCCAUCCACCGCCGCAAUGCGAUUGACCGUCGAGCUCAUCCAGAACUCCAUUUCAUAUAUCAACCCUGUCAAGGAUCGCGAGCUUGAUCUCCGAGGACACAAGAUUCCCGCGAUUGAAAACUUGGGUAUUGCGAAAGACCAAGAUGCAAUCGACUUCACAGAUAACUCCAUUACCUCCCUCGGAAACUUUCCCUUCUUCCCUCGCCUUCAGACCCUCCUUCUCGCGCGAAAUCGGAUCAAGCAAAUCCAGCCGACGCUGGCGUCGUCGGUUCCCCAUCUGACCACGUUGGUCUUGACAUCGAACAACCUGACAGAAUUGGCGGAUUUGGAUCCUUUGCGGAAUUUGGCGCGGUUAGCACAUUUGACCAUACUCGACAACCCCGUUACUAGGAAAGAGAACUACCGGUAUUGGGUUAUCUGGAGAAUCCCCUCCGUUCGGUUCCUCGACUACCAGAAAGUGAAAGACGUCGAACGUACCAAAGCACAAGAACUCUUUGGCACCGCCAAGGAACCCUCUGAUCUUGCAUCUAAGAUCAUGGGCAUCAAAUCUCGCACUUUCGACCUGCCCUCGGGAGGCGCUGCAGACGAAGCACAAGGAGACAAGGCCGUCCGGGUUAAGUUGACCGACGCGGAACGGAAGCGAGUCGAGAAGAUGAUUCGGGAGGCAAAGAGUUUACAGGAGAUUACACGAUUGGAGAAGGAGCUGAACGAGGGCCGGAUACCCGGAGGGGCUUUGGAUAUGGCAGAGGCGGAGGAUGCGGACAAGAUGCAAACAUGAUGCGGUCUUGUCUUUGUUCUGUUUCUUUCUAAUUGCACAUUUGAGUCGUUAUUUGGGCUGUCUGGUUCUCGUGGCAUAUUAUCGCGUCAUCUGUAAUAUCUCUUGCUUUUAUUAGGGAUUACUCGGAGUAGUGACAAAAGCUUUAAGGCAUUUACAGUGUCUUCAUGUGCAAAGAAACCUAUACUGAAUCAAACUGUUAUCGUCAC